AGGCUCCUGCCUUCGGACGCGGUGGGGUGCAGCUCUCCUGUGCCCCAUUUAAUGCCCGUCCAGCCCGGAGUGAGGCCGCUUCCUUAGCUGUGCGUCUGGACCCCACAGCUGGAGAGCUGCUGCCAGCUGCGAGCACUGUGCCAGCGGGAGGGCUGCGGAGCAUCACGUCCCUGCAGCUCCUCGUCCGAGGACGUGUCCCCUCCCCGGGCCAGGUCCCCUGAUGCAGCGAGGACCCUGCCUGCCCCGGGGACGGGCAGCAGCAUAGCUCGUUAGCCUGACCAGGGAUCCUGGCAUCCUCGUGCAGUUGAGCCAGCGGGCAAGGAGCGGUGAGGUGGCAGUGUCACCGGGCGAGGAGGGGACAGGAGGGACGCGCCAGGCUCUUCUGCAGCAGCUCCCAGCCCAGGCAGCCUCCAGCAGCUCCCGCGGGAAGGCAUCGGGCACUGGGGGAUGGACCCCGGGGCAGGGCAGGAGCCCAUCAGUGUGCUCGGGCUCAUCCUGGGCCUUGGGCUGGCCCUGCUGAUCCUGGUCCUGUUUGGCUACGCCUUCGUCCGGUGCUACCAGCAGGGCCAGUGCUGGCACCGGCCUGACUUCGUCUUCAACCUCUACCACAGCCGCGGGCUGAGGUCGGUGGCGGUGGAGCUGGCCCCACCAUUCAGCAUCAGUGGCUUGCUGAGCGAGGCGGGGGGCGGCUACGUGCGCUUCCAGGAGCAGCGGCUCUGAGGCAGGAGCCGAGCAGGCUUUGGCCCGUGCCGCAGCGCUCUGCUGCCUGUGCGGCGAGCUCCCCGUGCUGCUGCCGGGCGAUGGCGAUGGGGGGGGGUUCCCUGGCUGCCCUCUCCCACAGCUUUUGGGAUCAGCAGGGUGCCCACAGGGUGCAGCUGGUGCAGGCUGGGUGCUUUGGGCUUGUGUAGUGCCAUCCCUGGCUGGGGCAGCCCUGCAGUGCUGUCCCCGUGCCCUAUGGGUCUUUGAAUGGGCUCAUGGCUGGGGGCAAAGGGGUCCGGGGCUGGAGCACGUGUGCUCCCCAUGCCAGCGCGACUCUGGCUGCUUCCCCCCGCUGUCUCAUCCCCACUGCCACCAACCACAGAAAGAGCAACCAAAAGCAGCCGUGGGGGAGUUCCUCUGUUCUCAGUUCUUCAAAAAACAGCCCCCAGAUAUGCUGGAUUUCUACCAAAAUUGGAACAGAGCAGUUUCUGUUCUACAGAGCUUCUUCAUCUGCUCCCUGCAGCUGUGGUCCCCUCCCCGGCCGUGGGGAGAGCCGAAAGGGCUGGGGCACAGGCUCAGCCUCCCCUUGCUCGAAGUGGAGAAAACAGGGCACUGCUUCAUCCUGAGCACCCAAAGAGAAGCAAACUGUCCCCAGUCCCCAUGGCACCGACAUCCCAGCGCUCAGGACCCGCCGGCUGUGCGCCCAGGAGCGGGCAGAGCAGGGCUGCAGAAGGGCGAGGAACCCGGAGCCGCGGAAAGGGCCGGCUUUGUGCAAUAGGGGAAAACGCACAAGGAAAUGAGACUGCUUCGCGUUUCCCUCAGCCAAAUAUCUGAGCCAAUGUGGAAAUUUCUGCCAUCUGCACUGAUCCUGCAAGUGACCACGUCAGAAAGCCCCUGUGGGUUCCCUUGUGGCUUUCUGGUGUGGCUCGCAUGGGGCGCAGCAGCCUGGCACCAGGGUGGCUCGGGCGCAGCAGGACAGGUUCCUGGGGCUGCACUGGGACAGCUCUGCCCCGUGCCAGAGCACCUGGCACACCGUGAGGCCACCGUGGGAUGGAGAUCAGUGCCCGUGGCCUGGUGGCAUCUCCAUAAGAAGGGGCCAGGACGCCUUGCUCCUGUCCCACCGUGCGUGCGCUGCGUGCCACUCGUCCUCGUAGCCCCCGUUGUGUGGGCACACAGCCAGCCGGGUGCCCGGGGGUGCCCAGCACAGCCCCCUCUGCCAAUAUGUGCUGCGGCCCUCGCAGGAGGCGUUUGUGAAUGCUUUUUUAU